AAUGCAAACUGCAUUCAAACCUACGCGGAUUCCUUUGGUACGUAAUAAUAAAUUCAUUGCCACACUUAGGAAGUGGUGACUGGUGACGAACCAAAACUUUGGAGCGAAACCUACACUAAUAUGGUUAUCGUUAAGUACGUAAACAGUUCAGUUCGUCGUAUGUCACCACGCUGCGUGGAGGUGGUGACAGAAGUAGUGGCACAUUAGUACAUCAUAAAGUCGAACAUGUCUAAGAUGAACGUCACCAACUUUGAUAACAGAACAGGCAGUCCGUUUAGGAAAAACGGUGACCAACAAGUUGAGGUCCAAGAGGUAGUUUUACAGAAAACCAAUCAGGACAUCCAGAAGAAAAACAACGAGCUGUUGCAGAAGGCUAACAAGAUAACAGCUGUAUAUCAGUCACAUAAACCCAGUUCCGGUUACUUCACGGAGGUUGUCACGCAUGGAGCGUUCACAGCGAAGAAAGAAAAAGAGAUGUCACCAAAGCCAGAAGUGAAUCCAAAUUCAAAAACCAAUAAAUCCCCUCUCGGCUUCCCGUCAUCAGCUAACGACCUGGCCUUGGACGCGAAAACUGACCUCGAGUCAGAUCCAAACAUAUCCAAGGAAGUUAAAGAUAAGGUAAUCCAAAAAUUAUUCGCUUUAGUGUCAAUGGUGCAACACACUUACGAAUCAAAGGUACGAAUAAUGACCGAAUUCGACAAAUACAAAGACUCCCAUUACAAAAACGAAAUACGCAGAGAGAGGGAACACUCGGAACAGCUGUACAAACUUAACAUGAACUUCCAAAACGAAGUGAUACAAUCAAUACAGCAGUUGAAGAGCGAGAUGGAUCUAACAAAAAUUUCAACUCAAGACGAAGCAUCAGGUCUUAGGAACGUGUCCAUAGGCUAUGACUCCGGGUCGUCACAGACAUUCGACAGUCAUAGAAAUAUCGACGGAAACGACUGAUCCAUAAUAUAAAAAUGUUUAGUAAUAAAUCUAUAAUAAAUUUA